AAACCUCGUUUUACUGCGAUCACAGCAACUAACCCCAUCUGGCUUAUAAAGACUCGGUUACAACUUGAUGCAAGGAGCCGUGGGGAAAAGCGAUUGGGUGCUUUUGAAUGUGUUCGCAAAGUAUAUCAGACAGAUGGACUUAGAGGAUUUUACAGGGGCAUGUCUGCUUCCUAUGCUGGCAUAUCAGAGACUGUUAUCCACUUUGUUAUUUAUGAAAGUAUAAAGCAAAAACUGCUGGAAUGUAAGACUGCCUCUAUGAUGGAAAACGAUGAAGAGUCUGUGAAGGAAGCAUCAGAUUUUGUGGGAAUGAUGCUAGCUGCAGCCACCUCAAAGACUUGUGCCACAACUAUUGCAUACCCUCAUGAAGUUGUAAGAACAAGACUACGUGAAGAGGGAACAAAAUAUAGAUCAUUUUUUCAGACACUGUCUUUGGUUGUUCAAGAAGAAGGUUAUGGGUCACUUUACCGUGGCCUAACAACUCAUCUGGUGAGACAGAUUCCAAACACAGCCAUUAUGAUGGCCACCUAUGAAUUGGUGGUGUACCUACUCAAUGGAUAGCAGUGCGGGGCUGCUCCAGAGAGGGGAGACCAAAAGAUUGCAGUGGACCAUGGAGUAUCCAAGCCAGCGUGGCGGACGGAAGAAAAGUAGUUUGGGAACAUGUAACUAUGCCUAAGUGGAAGUUUGGUUGUAGGAAUUUAAGUAACCAUACCGCAUUACUUGAUCUUUCAGUAAUGAGGGAAAGAAAAACCUUGGCUGCCUCCAAGGAAAUGCCUCUCAAAGCACUCCUUACGCAAAAUUGCCAUUUUCUCUACCAUGUCCACCAGAUGCAGUUGUGUUUCAUUGAUUUAUGGCAGUCAGAGUAUAGUGUUUAUUCCAUGAGCACGCACUUCUCCAAUAUUCUAAACACGUACUGUAACUAUCCAAAGAUAGUAUUGGCAGUCAUAAAUUUCCAAUUUCUGGCUAUUAAUUCCUGUAAAAGUGUUAAGCAACAACAUUAGGGAGAGCCUUGGUAUUACUGUCACAUUUUCCCAAGAAGACCUUGCUCAAUAUUUUAUGUUCAGUUAUUUGGCUUUGCAGUCACUUUUUACAGCCAACAAGAUAGCAUCUAAAUAUCUUACAUAUUUUUAACAUUAAAUUUUGAUUUCCACAGCUUACAAGUGUUUGAUCUUUUGCAUAAUGUGGAUUUUAAAUUGUUUGCCAGUGUAUCCAACUCACAUGGUAAUGGUUUGGGAAGAUGAAAUAAACUAGUAAAAUGUUGAUUCUUAACCAUUUCAGUGACUUGAGCAUGUCCUCAUAUUUUCCCUAAUUGUAUGGUACAUGAAUGAAUGCAGUAGUCUUUUCAGUGACUUACUGGAUAUAAACUUGACUUUCUACCUAUUUGUCACACUUUAGUAUCAUUACAAGUGGAAAACAUACACCACUUCUCAAUUUUUCUGUACUUGUUUUCACUUUAAGAAUUUGAGCCCUUGAGUUGUUUUCAAGCCCAUGUAGAUUACAUUUUAAUUAUUUUGUAGAGAAACUGGUAAUUUUCUGUUUGGCCCUUGCAAGUUUUUAUUUUAAAAAUAACAUACUAAAACUAAUAUGUGGGACAGUAACAGUAUUAAAGAUGAGGGCCCUCUGCAUCUGAUUCAGUGGGUAAUGCUCUUAACUGACUUAGAGUUUGGCAAAAGAACAAGCUGCUUUUGACAAGAAAUUUAUUCUGUGCUGAUUUUCUGAACGGUAAAUCAUAGCAUUCAAGUUAGUUUGGGUUAAAUGUAUUAACAGGAUAUAACUUUUAAAUUUUGCUAUUGAGACAACUGUACCUUUUAAUACUUUAAAUGUAUUCUAUAUAUGGCCCUUAUGAAGCUAUCUGUUGUAAUUCUGUAAGAGACUUUGCCUAUGGAUGUUGCUAUACUGGUGUAUAAAAUGUCUACAAUUAAA